AUGGCUCCUAUUCGUGUCGCCAUCAUAGGGCUUUCCACCAACUCAAUGAGCUCCUGGGCCUCAGCGAUUCAUCUUCCUUAUCUUCUCUCACCCCACGGCAAGAACAACUAUCAAAUCAGCGCCCUCCUCAAUACCUCCACGAGCGCUGCCGCAGCCGCACGAGAGCACUUUGGUCUCCCGCAAUCUGUCAAGGCGUAUGGCGACCCCAAAGCCUUAGCAGCGGACCCUGACGUCGACCUGGUGGUAUGCAGCACCUUCGUAACCCACCACUUCGAUACUGUCGCGCCGAGCCUCAAGGCAGGCAAACGGGUGUUUGUCGAGUGGCCGCUCGUAACGAACCUCGAUGAGGCUCUAGAAUUACAGAGCCUGGCAGCGGCGCCAGGAGUCUGGGAACGGAGCAUCAUCGGGCUACAAGGCCGAGUGUCUCCUCCGGUCGAAAAGCUCAAAGACCUCCUAGAGGAGGGGAAGAUUGGCAAUGUGUUGAGUAGUGAUGUCAAAGUCUGUGCAAAGUUCUUGCCUCUACCAUCAGGGAUUUUCCCCGAAAGCCUGGCGUUCAUGGCCGACAAGCGCAAGGGCGCCAACAGCAUCAUGAUCGGAUACGGCCACUUUAUCGACUCAGUGCACGCCGUGCUGGGCGAGUGGGACGCCUCCGAGACCCGGACCCAGAUUCAAAAACCUGAGGUUAUGAUACUGAGUGCUGAGUCUGAGUUGCCUCAGCGGGCGGUGGUAAAUGACGUGCCCGACCUCGUUGCUGUUCACGGAACAGUCACGGGCAAGGAAUACCUGGUUGAUGGCGCGACUUUGGUCGUUAGUUGGCGGAAUGGUCCCUCAUUCCAGGGUGCACCGGCAUCUGUGUGGACGAUCAACGGAGAGAAAGGGCAGAUACAGCUUAUCAGUCCAGUGACUCCCAUACUAGCCACGCACGCAUACACCGAACCGGUCACGAUCAAGGUGCAUGAUUAUACAACUGACGAGGUUGACGAGGUGACAUGGAAUUGGGAAGAUUGGCAGGCUGAUUUAUCACUCACUGCUAGGAACACAGCUAUGCUAUACGAGAGGUAUGCUGCCUAG